AAAAAAAAAAAACCUUUCAUCGCACCCACUAGUCGUACGCACACACGCGACCCGACUGACUGAUUAACAAACCCAGCCAGCCUGAUGGCGACUCCACCGGUGGCUUCUGUUCCGCCGGCGAACCAGGGGUUGGAAGGCGGCCCGCCAGCUCCACCAGCGCCUCCGGGAACUGAAAUGACCGGAAUAUGCUUCAGGGACCAGCUGUGGCUCAGCACCUACCCUCUGGACCGCAACAUCGUCUUCGAUUACUUCGCCCUCUCACCCUUCUACGACUGGACCUGCAACAACGAGCAGCUUCGCAUGCGCUCCAUUCACCCACCUGAUCUCUCCCACCUCUCGAAAAUGGCAGGUAUAGAAUACAUGCUAUAUGAAGUUAUGGAGCCCCAUCUAUUUGUUAUCCGCAAGCAAAAGAGGGAUGGUCCUGAAAAGGUUACACUGAUGCUCACUUAUUAUGUUUUGGAUGGAUCGAUUUACCAAGCACCCCGCUUUGCAAUGUUUUUGCUGCUUGAGUGUAAAUCAACUAAGGCCCAAGUGUUAUUAAGUUCAAGAGCUUCUAUUUCAGCUUUCAUGCUUGUGCACCAUUCAGGAAAGGAUAGUUUGUGGAGCUUGGCUAAAGGACAUAUGGAACAAAGUUUUUUCACUAGGAGUUUUUUGAGAAAUGAACAUCACCAUCUAUGUUAGAAACUAAGUAAGAAGAAUGUCCUAGUCUAUAAUGUCAAACAUCAAAAUUUUGGUCAUUGUUGGUGACUGAAGCAGGAAUUGGGAGUGAAGAUAGGAUUCAUUUUGCCCAAGGCAUCUGACAAAGCUGAGGGAGAGACUUCCCUUUGCAGUAUAUGGUACAACCCUUGCCUUACUUCACCCAUGCCAAUCAUCCUCCAAACUGAAAGGUCCUAUAUGUAGCAGAAAUGAGGAAAGAAAAUCAAACAACAAUGAAGUGUUUGAGUUAGUUUUCUAGUAGAAAUCAAGUUGAAAGUGAAGCUAGGAACACAAAGGACAUCCUGAAGAGUUCGAGAGUUUGUAAUUCUUACUAUUCCUAUGUGAGUAACAACAGCUAUAUUACCAUUAGGUAGAGCUACAGAAUGAGAAGCUUGUGAUUGAAUUGAAGAGAACAAUGAGGGAGAACAGAUCAUGUGAUCUGUUGCUCCUGUAUCAAUGAUCCAAGGCACAUUCAAUUUGUUUGAAGGCUUGGAAUUAAAAACAGACAUACAUAAUGACAUACCAGAAAUUUGAUGAACAUUUCCAUCAGAAGAUGAGGAAGCAAAGAUGUUUUGAACAUUGGUGCCAAUGUAGUAUGAGUGGCAAGCAUGGAGCCAGUACCAUCAUUGGUGCCAAUGUAGUAUGGACUGCUUGGGUGAGUAGGGUCUUUGUUUGGAUUGGGGUUUUAAUUUCGGUUUUGGAUUUCUGAGUUAUCUUCCAUAACUUGGCUCUAAUACCCAUGUAAGAAAUGUAAAAUCAGUGUAUGUAAAUUACCAAGACAAUGGAGGAAGUUUGGAAAGAAUUGGAUUUCUAUAUUUCCUUUGUAUAUUGGUGUCUGUACAAAAUGUGGCUAUUUAUAGCAUUACAUGAAUGUCACUAACAUACAAAAGAGCACUGGUAUGCGCAUUACUAACCA